UUUUACAUAAAAAUUUGGCGUUGAUGCCAAUACUCAAGGAAUGUCCAAUGCCCAUCAUUUGGUGUUGGUCACUGUACUUGAUGUUAAUGACUCUCAGUUUUUGUACCCGAGUUGUGAGAGGUGUUACUCCAAACUGACUGAAGAUGGAAACUUAAGUUGGCUUUGCUUGAAGUGUGGCUCUGAAUGUACAGAAGAAAAGUUAACCUGGCGGUAUCGUCUCUCUCUGAGGGUUAGUGACGUGUCUAAUGUCUGCAAUGUGUGUAUUUUUGGAGCCUCUCUGAACCAGUUUUUUGGAGACAAUGCAUUCAAAUUUCACAGGAAUUUCAAGAAUUUAUCAACUGAUCAGAGCAAUGCUGAAGAAAUUGUGCAUGGAGCAGUGCAAGAGGUUUUUGUUGGCAAUUCUUUUUAUCUUAGGAUGAGAUGUGGAUUAUGUAGAGGCGAAAAACCUGUUACUUUGUCAGACAUUGUGAGGUAUUCUAAUUAUGAAAGUCAAGCUUAUACACAAGACACUGACAAUUCUGGAUUAUCACUAGUGGCCAGUCAGAUUAUUCCUGUUGUGGGGAAAUCUAACACUGAUGUCUCUUCCAUAGUUAGGGCUGUUAUAAAAGCCCCAGACAAAAACAUUAUAAAGAGAGCAUCUGUAGAGAAAACAAACCCUUUUAAAUAUUCUUCAGUAAUUCCAGAAAAAUUCAAACAAGAAGAGUCUGCGGGAUCCCUAACAAUUACCCAGUCCACUCUCUGUUUGAGCUGUGAUUCAAUAAGCCAACAGAGCUGUGAAGACUCCAAAUACAGAAGUAAAGGACCAUCUCUGGCAAAUGGAACAGAACUAGUUCAACAGCAGUCAAUUACUGAUGACAAUGUCCCAAAGUUUACAAGUAAUAGUAAAGUUAUAGGGCAGGUAGAAGAAGAGAGUAGUAAACCAUGCUUACCUCUGAAGGAAUCUUACCAUCAGCAAUUUAACAGUGAACAUGUUAAACCAUCAAUUAAUUACUUAGAUUCCUUGAAUAAUAAAGAAAAAUUGCAUAUUUCAAAAGGAAGUGAUAAGAAUAGAUCAGAGUGCCUUUUGUCUUCAGAAUCUAUUGCAGAUGCUUCUUGUGAUUUAUUUGACUCCACACCACCAGUUGAAUUAAAGUCCCAGUUCUCUCCCUUUAUAAACCCCCUAUCUAUGUGCAAAAAAUCAGCAAAAAGGAGGACAAUAGACCACUCCAGGCUGGGUUUUUCUUUGAAAGAGAACAGUUUUCGAAAGAAAUGCCAUCUGUAUCAGAAGAUUGAAGUACAAACUGGUAGUGUCUUUUCUCAAGAGUUGUUUACCCCUAGUCCAAUUUAUAGAGUUGAGUCAGCCAGGAAACUUCGAAACAGUGUAAAAAAUUCUUGUCAAAGAAGAAUUUCUUCAUCAAAGUACUUGAGUUUGCUAAGAAAGAAAACAUAUAAUGUAUCAUCACUGUGCUGUGACAUGCCCAGAGAUACUGACAAGGAAGUUCAUUUGUUUUCAGAGCCAUCUAGAGAAACUGAAUCACCUUUGUUAUUCUCUGAAAGUAGCACUAACAUUUCACUCACUUCACCAGACUCUAGUUAUAAAGACAAUUUCAGAAUUUGCCCCGAUUUUUUGUCUCCUGAUAUAUUUCAAUCCACUCCUGAUGAUGGUAACCGGAGCUCCAUAAAAAGCACCAUUUUAUCGCCUUGUCUAGUAAAGCAGUUAUUCAAAUAAUAAAUUUUUGGGAUUUUCAACCUGUUGGCAAGGAACUUGCAUUAUCUUUAAGAUUUAUUCUGUGUACUAUGUUAAACAACAUUAAAGGUCUGAAGCUAAGGCUAUCAUUACCAACAAGGAACUUGAAAACCAUUACUUUUUGUAGCAACUUUGAUGCACUGCAGUCUUUUCUUUUUUUGAUUUUAACUUGCUUAAAUGUACACUAGCAUUGCCAAUGCUGUUUAUGUUGAUAAAACUAAGAAAGCAGGUUUUAUAAUUUUAUGCCAUUUUCUGAUAGAAUAUUUGUUCAGAGUUGAAUGUUUUGAAAGAUUUUAUGUAUAUUCUCUAUUUUACAGUAAAAUAAUAAUUUAUUA